UUCAGAUAAUUGGCCUAAAUUCGAAAAGAUAUGCAUAACAUAAUGCCAAUUUCAGUUGUAAAUUUAAAGUUUUAGAUGUCAUUAUUACAUUUCACUACAUUUGAAUGUAAUUUUAGAAAACUAGUUAUAAAUCUUCCAUAUAUGUACUCAAAUUUUUGAUAUCAAACUUAUGUUUUAAAUUCGCAAAUCAUGGAGACUGAAUUAAAACUUACGGCAGAUACUGGUGAUGAUGUUCCUAAUAAGAAGGCAAAAGUGGAAGAAAAUCAAAAUGUUGAAACCUUUAAUGAAAUGAAAACGGAUGAAGAUGGAACAAUAGAAGCAUCAAAACUAUCAAAAAGACAAAUAAAAAAGCUGCGAAAACUCGCUGAAUGGGAAAUUAAAAAAAAGGAAAAACGUCUUAAAGAACGAGAAAAAUAUCGUCAAAAAAAAUUAGAAGCUCUUGAAAAAGGUGAACCUAGAACGGGUCCCAGUCGAAAAGAAUUAAAACGAAAUAAAGCAGCAGAAAGUAAAAAUUUUUUAAAAGUUGCUGUUGAUUUAGAUUAUGACGAUUUAAUGAUAGAUAAAGAUAUAGGAAAGUGUGUUAAGCAGUUACUAAGAAUCUAUACUAUUAACCGUAGAUCUCUGGCUCCAGCCAAACUAUAUUUUACUGGAAUAAAAAAGGAUGGAAAAAUUCAUAAAAGUUUAGCUAAAAAUGAUGGCUAUGAAAACUGGGACGUACAAUGGGCCUUUAAUAAAACAUAUCAUGAAAUUUUAUCGAAAAACGAUAUUUUGUACUUAACUAGUGAUUCAGACAAUGUUUUAGAAACAUUGGAAAAAAAUACUGUUUAUGUUAUUGGGGGAAUUGUUGAUCAUAAUCAUCAAAAAGGAUUAUGUAUGGAUCGAGCUCAAAAACUUGGUUUAAGAACUGCAAGAUUACCAUUGAGUGAGCAUAUAGAUAUGAAAACUAGAACUGUUUUGAGCACAGUUCAUGUAUUCGAAAUUCUAUUAAAAGUGUCAGAGGGUAUAAGUUGGACUAAGACGUUGCUAGAGGUUUUACCAAUGAGAAAAGGGGCAAAACCUAAGGAAUAUACCUCUAGUUUUAAUGGUGAUAAAGAUUCUGACAUUGAAGAGUUUGAUAAAAAUGAUACAAUUAUUCAAACAGAGGAAAAUUAAUUUAUAAAAUGUUAAUUGUUGUAAUAGUAGCUUGUAAAAAUAUAUUCAAUUUUAUUAUUAUAAUCAAUUUUUAAUAGGUUGUUAAACAUUUGAAAUAAAUACAUACAUACAUAAUUUAUCAUUUAAGAAAAUGAAAGAUGUUUGUAUGUAAUUCUCUUUUAGAAAAUUUUAAGAUUGAAUUUAAUAA